AUGAAUAUUUUACUUUGCCAACCCAAAUUGGAUAUCUGUGAAGAGUACAAAAUGUUAAAGAACACGUUGGAAAAUAAAGAAGACGGUGAAAUUCAAGAUCAGCUAAAUUCCCACCGUGCUAAAGUAGAAAAGGCAAAUCUGGAAUAUAAAAAAGACCCUACCGAAAUAGCAUGUUUGACGAAACGUAUAUACUCUAUGGCUUUACAAAAAGUGAUUAUUUUACCUAUUAUGCCUCAAAAUAAUGAUGAGACUUCAAAUAAAGUGGAAAAAAAAUUGAAUAUCACACAAGAUAUUGGUUUAAAAAGUUGUACCAUCCCGGAGAUCAAAAGCAAAACUAAAAAACUUAAAAAUUUUUGUUACUACUGCGAAACUGAUGUUACUAAUUUUGCACGACACAUAACUGUGCAUCAUUCAACAGAAUUCGAUGUCAUUCAAAUAAAUUCCAAGCCAAUAAACAGUUUAGAGAGAAAGCGUUUACUGGCAAAAUUAAGAAACAAAGGAAACUAUCUCAAACAUGAAGAAGAUGGACCAAGAAAAGUUAGACGAUCCACGGUUCCAGGCAGAUCUUCGUUACCAUGUGAUAGUUGCUUGGGGUAUUUCUCUUCGAAGUUAUUGUAUCGGCAUAGAAAAAAAUGUUCAGGAAAAUCAGGCUCAGCGCAAAGUGCUGGUCAAAAUAUAUUAGCGGGCCACAUUAAAGUUGAUGAAAGGUUGAAGCGUGAAAUUUUUCCACGUAUGCGCGCAGACAAAAUAUCUCUAGAAGCAAAGACAGAUACGUUAAUUUGCGCUUUUGGCUCUCGUUUUUUACGAGUGCACAGAGAAUAUCAUUUUGCCUCAGUGACAUCAAGGAAAAUGAGGGAGUUAGCCAGGAUACUUAUUCAACUUAAAAAAAUAAAUCCUAACAUAAAAUCAUUGUUUGAUGCAUUACAGCCUAAAUAUUUUGACAAUAUUGUACAGGCAACACAAAAUGCCUCAGGAUAUAAAUCUUCUAAUGAUAGCUUUGAUGCUCCUUCUUAUGCUAUGAAUAUAGUAAAUUCACUUAAACAAUGCUGUGACAUUGCCAUUAACUUUGUUAUUAAAAAGGCAGCAAACUACGAAUCCAUUACAGCAGCGGAAGCGGAAGCGCAGCUUAGAACAAUGCUCCACUUGUUCACUACGAAUUGGAGAUAUGAGAUAUCUAGUCAAGCAGCCAACAAUUUAAAUCUAAAGAGAUGGAACAAGAUUACAAUUGUUCCUUUAGCAACUGAUCUCAAAAUUAUGAAAGAUUUUUUGAUUGACUUAUCUAAAAAAGCAGCUACUGAACUUCAAAUUACUAACAACAAAGUAUCCGCAUACAAUACCUUACUCGAAACAUCAUAUUGCCAAGUUCUUUUACUUAAUCGAAGGCGCCCAGGAGAACUUCAAAGAAUGAAGUUGGAUACAUAUUUGAGUUGUAGUAAUGAUAAAAGUACGUAUGAAGAAUUUUCACUCAUUACCAGCCCAUCUGAACAAAUUUUACUCAAAACUUUCAAGAGAGUUGUGAUAAGAGGAAAAAGACACAGGGGCGUACCUGUGUUGUUUAGUAAAGAUGUACAACAUAAUAUUAAUUUAUUGAUUAGAGUCAGAGAAAAUAUCGUUCCUGAAACAAAUAUUUUUUUAUUUGGAAAGCCAAAUUCCAUAUCUGAGAUAAGUGGAUAUAAAGUCUUAAGAAAAUAUGCUAGAUUAUCAGGAGCCCGAAAUCCUGACGCUAUUUCAUCAACGAGACUACGGAAACACUUAGCUACAUUGAGUCAAUUAUUUAAUAUGACGGAAUCCGAUAUUGAACAACUUGCAUUAUUCAUGGGCCAUACAGUAGGUGUCCACAGAGGAUCUUAUAGGCUACCAGAUGAUGUUUACCAAACUGCUAAGUUAGCAAAACUUUUAUUGGUUAUGGAAACUGGAAGUGGUAAAUCAUUCAAAGGCAAAAGCCUUGACGAUAUUCAACUAAAUAUGGAUGAAACUUUAAUGACUGAAACCAACGAACAAGAAGACAAGGAAGAUGACAAUUUGCAAGAAGACGUAGUGAUAGUAGAAUCUGAGAAAUCGAAACCAAAGGAUGUUAAAAAUUCCAUUGUGAAGUCAACCAUUAAAAAAAGGACACUAGUUCCAUGGACCCAGGAACAAAAAGGUUUUGCUAAAAGAUUUUUUGCCAAGAAUAUCAAAAAUUGCAAAGCUCCAAACAGGAGAGAAUGUGAAAAUUUAAUUGAAAAAUAUCCAGAUGUUUUCAAAAAUAAAAGUUGGUUAAAAAUUAAAGUUUUUAUUCAAAAUCAAUAUUCAAGAAAGCCAUGA